UGUUAGACUUCAGUAGGCAGUAACAAAAGUUAAGCUUGUUUACAACUCUGGGUAUUAUGACAUAGUAAAGAAAGGUGAGUUGAUCGACAGUGACUUUUUUGUGCAAAUGCUUUUGAUUAUUCUGACUUGCUGAAGUGCUACUGGAAGUAACGAACAAAGUGUUUUCUUCCACGUUGUGACUUUUCCACCAUUACUUAUUUGGACAGAGCAUGAGCGUUACAUGUUUUGCCACUGCGAUUAAAGGGAUAACAUUUGGAGGUUCAUCAUUUGAGUAGGAUGCCAAUGUUUUGGAUUGUUCUGUCUUUCCUGGAAUACCUUUGUGGAAUUUAGUGAAACCUAUAAUUCUCUUCUACAGUGAAAGUUUUACAGGAAAGUUUUACUGGACAUUUGAAAAGUGAACUGAAAUUUAUGACAAAAAAGAAAAAUAGCUGAUCAUAAAUAUAAGUGAUUGUGGAUUGAAUUUUGAGUUGUUUGUACUUAUGGAGUACUUGUUCAACUUUAAAGGAAGUUACCCAUGUCAAUAAAUUUGUAGCAAAAAUCAUGAAAGAGUUACCAUCAGCUGAACAGAUAUCAUCUGCAUUUGGUUUGGCGGUGAUUAGACGCUGAUUCUCAAGAAACAGGAAUAUCAUGCAGCUUUGGAGAUCAUAAUGUUGGACCAACAAUAACACUUUUAACAAUUGCAGUUGGAGAAGAAAUGGUUUUCGGUUUAAAUUUCAAAUAUUGAUGAAUAAAAAAAGAUCUGGAAUAUCAUCUAUGUUGUGUCCAAGGAAAGGAAAACGAAUCGGUUAAUCUUGAAGACACCAUACCUUCGCUUGAGUGAAGGAUCACCAAGAGGGUCCAAGAAUGGCCCCUAUGGGUUCAUCAGAGACACCCUCUAAGGUAACUCUUAAUAACAUGGUGUCAUCACCUGGGCCUCAGCCCAUCAGCAUGGGCUCAUCACAGAUACCCACUAUAACAGUAACCCUUGAUGACAUGGAGGUGUCGCCUCGCCCACGUCCCGUCAGCAUGAUGGACACCAGGCCCAUCCCCCAGCUCAAUCUGGUUGGGUGUCGCUACGAACCCUAUGUCCCACCAGCUGGGGUCAGAGGGGGGCAGCACAUACGAGAGCGGACUUGGUCUACCUGGUCCAGGCAUAGUGUUCACUCUACCACUGGCCGUGUAGGGAGUCUGGGUGGAAGGGCCCAUGUGGUGGCAGCCUUUGAGCAGAGUCUGUCCAACAUGACCAACCGGUUACAGCGCUUGACCUCUACAGCUGACCAGAAGGACGGUGAGCUCCAGGACUUACGAGAGAAGAUAGAACAGCUCAAGGUUGCUCACAUCACCAACACUCAGGGACUACUCUCCAAUGGCUUGUCCAAUGGAGCACUAAACGGUCAGAAGAAAUCCAGUGGCAACCUAACAAGGGAAAAUACAGGUUCUGAACGUCGUAUGACCCGGCAGAUGUCAACUGAUUCUAUGUCCUCAUUGGCCAGUAUGACAAGCAUGUCUAGCGUAGGCUCAGCCGUUACUGACACAGAGAUGCUAGAAUCAAAGAAAAAAAAGAAGAAAAACUGGACGUCCUCAUCAGGUGAUAAGAUCCGAAGCUCAUUCCGUGCUGCAUUCACACGUAAGAAGAAGAUGAGUGGAACGACAACAGACACAGAAGAUUGUGAGAGUAACAUCUCAUUAUCUAACGGCAGUAUCCCUGGCAACGGCCAACUCAAAACAUCCGCUUCCACGUCCGCGAUAUAUGACUCUCCCGAGAGUAAGGAAAUGAUCACCGAUCUAAAGAAGCAGCUCAGAGACAAGGAGAGUAAAUUAACUGAUGUCAAAUUAGAGGCCUUGAGUUCACAACACCAGUUAGACCAGCUUAAAGAAGCUAUGAAUAAAAUGAAGAAUGAGAUGAGUGUAUUAAAGCAAGAGAACGAGAGGUUGCAGAGACAGGUGACAUCAAGAAGAUCAUUGGAAGCCAGCUCUUCUCAGGCUUCUCUAAACUCUCUUGGCUCCUCAAAGAGACUCAGUAGAGAUUCACUUGAUCGACACAGAUUAAGUACCCAUUCAGACCAUGGUAGUUUGGAUAUCUUACUAGACGAUAACUCUGGUAUGACCAGUAAUAGUAAGAGGAUAGUCGUCACAGUAGCGCUGGGUGGCCUUCAGGACCCCUUGACUCAACCUACAACGGUGUCAAUGCCUGUUCAUGAGGUUCUGAUUGGUACUAUAGGAAUCAGCAGCAAGACAAACUGGGAUACGUUAGACAGUGUGGUGAGGAGAAUAUUCAAGGAAUAUGUGCUAAGGAUCGACCCCGUGACAAACCUUGGUCUAAGUUCAGAGAGCAUCAUGUGCUAUGUAGUAGGUGAGAUCAUGAGGACCAAGGAAUCAGAAUCACCAGAGCUUCUACCCUGUGGAUAUCUUGUCGGAGAAAACAUUUCCAUCAGGAUAUUUGUCAAAGAUCAUCUGCAGAACAGCUGUGACUCCCUGGUAUUCGAGACUCUCAUCCCGAAGCCCAUCAUGCAACGCUACGUUUCUCUCCUCAUGGAACAUAGACGCAUCAUCAUGUGUGGCCCCAGCGGGACAGGCAAGACGUACCUAGCACAGAAACUAGCAGAGUACAUCGUCCACAGGUUAGGGAAGGAUGUGACAUCAGAGUCUAUUAAUACAUAUAACGUUGAUCAUAAAUCUGGAAAGGAACUCAAGCAAUAUUUAUCAUCGAUAGCAGAACAGUGUGAAGCAGGUGGCAGUGAGAUGCCUCAGGUGGUGAUCCUGGACAACCUUCAUCAUGCUGGUGCCCUGGGGGAUAUCUUCAAUGGCUUCAUCAAGUACCAGAAGUGCCCCUACAUCAUCGGCACCAUGAACCAAGCAACAUGUUCAUCAACAAACCUACAACUCCAUCACAACUUCAGAUGGGUGCUAUGUGCAAACCAUAUGGAGCCUGUCAAGGGCUUCUUGGGACGCUACCUCCGCAGGAAGCUGGUGGAGUACGAGAUCAGCCACAACGCUCGCAACAAUGACCUGAUCAAGAUGGUUGACUGGAUGCCCAAGGUCUGGCUCCAUCUCAACAAGUUCCUAGAGACCCACAGUUCUUCGGAUGUGACCAUUGGACCCAGGUUGUUCUUGUCCUGUCCCAUCGAUCUGGCUGGUUCUCAGGUCUGGUUCACAGACUUGUGGAACUACUCCAUCGUGCCCUACCUUCUAGAGGCUGUCAGGGAAGGCCUACAGCUGUAUGGCCGCAAAGCAUCAUGGGAAGACCCGGCUGAGUGGGUGAUUGACAGCUAUCCUUGGAUGGCAAGCUCCUCCCAGGAUUGGCCAUCCCUUCUCAGGUUACGACCAGAGGAUGUGGGCUUUGAUGGCUACAGCAUGCACUCUGGGAUCAAGGGGUCAACGCAAGGUCAGCAAGGUCAAGGAGAGGUCGAAGGUGACCCAUUGUUAAGCAUGCUCAUGCAUCUACAGGAGGCAUCAGGCUAUUCAAGCCCACGUAGUUGUGAGAGCCCUACCAUUUAGCACACAGGUUCAACAUGUUAAUGAGACUCCAAGAGGCGGCCAACUGUUCCAACUCGCAUUCUUGUGACAGUGAUAGUGUGGACUCUAUGGGUAUGAGUAGCGAGGACAUCUCAGUGGAAAUCACAGUUUAAAGUACACUGCUCCAAACCUUAACAAGUCCCUUGGAUAGGAUGUAACGCAUUAGGUCUACAUGGGUGCUUACCUUUUAUCAUAUAAAGUAGAUAUCAAAUAACCAAAGAAAAGAGGUUGAGUGAAGUGAUAACUUAUCAUCGUCCAAGUGUUCUCCAUGAAAUGAACUGAUUUGUGGUUGAACUUGAGCCAUUUGGAGAAUGAAUUGACCAUGCCUCAUUUAGACAUGCAAUCCACUUGGUCUUGACCGAGAGAUGGGUUUGUGUCUUGACCAAGAGAUGUGCUUGUGUCUUGAACAAGAGAUGGGCUUGUGUCUUGACCAAGAGAUGGGCUUGUGUCUUGACCAAGAGAUGUGCUUGUGUCUUGAACAAGAGAUGGGCUUGUGUCUUGACCAAGAGAUGGGUUUGUGUCUUGACCAAGAGAUGGGUUUGUGUCUUGACCAAGAGAUGGGUUUGUGUCUUGACCAAGAGAUGGGCUUGUGUCUUGACCAAUAGACGUGUUUGUGUCUUGACCAAGAGAUGGGUUUGUGUCUUGACCAAGAGACGGGCUUGUGUCUUGGCUUCUAGAGCAGCUAAUCUAACCACGCAUUGACGGGGUUAUAGCUAGAGUACUGGAUGCAUUGUGGGAUACAAACCUGGAAUGAGCUUGCCAUCUCUGCAGAUCUACAAUGUGAUCACUAGUAACUAGUCAUACUCUGUAUGCUACAAAGUUGGAAAGCUACAAUGAGAUAGAAACAUUUACUCAUGUUAUGUCACAUGAUGCAGCAAGAAGCACUGUGAGAUAUGAAAUUGUGGUGAUGACAGUCGUUCAAGAUUUUAAAGGAUUCUUUUCAUUUCAAUAUUGUACGUCGGAUAGUGUCGUUUUUUGAUGAAGUGCUUUACUACCGAAAUCAGCAAUACUUACGGAGCAGGGUCUCCGCCCACUGACCGACUGAUUGCAGGAGGUGAUUUUUUAAUGGACCAAUCAGGUCUGCCGGAUGGAUCUGUCGACCAAUCAGAUUGCUUAAAAUGUUCAGUGCUUCAAGGAUUGUUCCUUCGUAUGCGUUUGAUAUAUCACAAGAAUAAGUGCAAGACGUUAUCAUCAUUAAACUCUAAAAGACAAAAAGAUAAUUGAUUGUGUAAGAAGGAAAUUUGCUCGGCACUGUUAAUUAGCAAGCAUUACGAAGUAUAACUUAACAAAGCAUUGCCUGUCAUAACAGUUGAUACAUGGACCGGUGUCACGUCGGUCUGCAAUAUAUACACAGUGUUUACAAAAAUGAGAUUAUUCAAAAGUGCAUUACAAAGGCAUCAUUUACUUUGUGCAUGCUUUUAAUUUAUCAUCAUGCAUUGAGGAUGUACACAAAAAUAUUUGUGUAUAAUUUUGUAUCAUAUGAUUUCUGAUUUGUGCAAAGUAGCAAAGCUAAGCUGAUGCCAUGUAGUCCUUGUAUAGAUAUUUUAUCAUACACUUUAAUGUGGAAGAAAAUGUUCUGAAAUGUACUAUCUAUUUAUAUGCAUGCUUGUAAUUGUAUAUAUAAUGUUUUGCAAACACACUUUAAAAUGUUAAUUUAUUGUAGAUGAGCUUCUGUAUGUAAGGAUGCAACGUAUCUCACAAAGUACGUUCUGUGCAAAUAUAAUUUCACAUGUUCUCAAGCUUGCAUUGUCUUUGAGAUGUACUCAGCUGAAAGAAGCUGUCUUUUUGUUAAUAUACAACAUUCUCGGUCUUUAUUUUCAUGAAAAUUGUCAUUCUAUGUUGUUAUUUUGA